AUGGGUUUCUCAUGGUCGUCGUACAUUGCCCAGGAAGAGAUCUUGGAUUUGUGCAAGCACGCCGGCCUUGCGCAAGACAGCUUUCUUGCGUGUGAUUGCCCGACUCCUUCAUCCUUCGAUCUGGUGGCAGCUGCUGCGACUGAUGACGUGAUGAUUUUCAGCACGGCGGGCGCAGGCGUGACUUCGCAGGCCGCUGCGCGCCUGGAUGAUGCUUUCACUUCACGAGGCGCUGUGCGAAAUGCCAAGAAGGAUGUAAACGAUGCGCUGUGCGCCACCUGUGUCGGUGUGGACCUGGUCGAUGGUUUUUUCCUGGACAUCCCAGCAGCAAGAUACCUGGCGCUGAUCGUGACGUUCUUGUUCUUGCAUUGCAGAAAGAAGGCCUCUCCCAAGCAUGUGCAGCAGCUCUUGGGAGCGCUGCAGUGGUUUGAUCUGCUGGUUCGCCCGAAGCUGUCCGUCUACAGCGACAUUUACAGUUUCACGGGCUUGCCGAACGUGAACACUCUCAUGCAGCUCCCAACUGCUGUCCUCGGAGAGCUGGCCUGUAGCAUCGUCCUCGGCAUUUUUUGGCGUUGUGAUCUCAGGCGGCCUUUCCUGCAAAUGUUGGGUGCAACCGAUGCCAGUGUUGAGUAUGGGUUCGGCGCUUCCAUCUUGAAAACAUCAGAACAGUAUGUGCGUCAGGUGGCUCGCUGGGCAGAGAAGCAAGGUGCAUUCAUUCUGAUGGACGGCGGCUGUGCCCCGGCAGAGCAGCUUUGCCGAUCUGGUGAAGCACAUCGUCUCGAAGCGAGCCUGAACGACUUCAGUGAUGUAUUCAGCGUCAGGCGGAAGCAUCCUGCCCACAUCAAUGUGCUUGAGGGAGAAGCUUUCAUUCUGUUCUUGCGGUGGUUGUUGAGAUCUCGUAAGCACCACUCCCACAGAGUCGUGAUUCUCGUCGACUCAGCCGUCUGGUUGGGAGCAGCGGCGAAAGGAAGAUCCUCUUCGCAACUCAACAGGUUGCUUCGCAGGAUGGCCGCCUUAACCAUGGCUGGCGAUCUCCAACUGCAUCUGAUUCUGGUCCCCUCUCAGGAGAACCCGUCGGAUGCUCCCUCUAGCGGCAGGAGACGCAAGCGCUCUGCUAAAGAAACAUGCUGA